UACUUUUGUAUGUUAUGAGUUGAUAACAACAUUUCUGUAGAAUAGAUGCGCUUCUGCACACACAAUUACUGUAUAUUCCAGCCUAAGGGUUGCUUUAGGCUGUAAAGUGUAAUGAAGAAUUCUGAUUACAGCUUGUAUCGUAGAAACAUUUUUCACAAUCCCUUUCAUGUACCCUGCGUUAGCGUCGAGAAUAAAGAGAGCGUUGUGUUUUAUGGUAAUUCAGCUGCAUGACAUUCCCCCUGACACAAAACAAUUGUUUAUCUCUUUAGAGGAUGCAAAACACAAAUGAUCGAGUGUUUUCUUUGAGGGCUUUUAAAAGUUUGCGUUGUGAUGCCCUCCGUCAUUAAAUAAAACAUGUUGAUGCUGAAAAAGCUGCUGUCACCUGUUGCCAAAACCUAGCCACUCGACCGUAUACAUGAUUGCACACAGAUGAGCAUCGAACCUUAAAACAUUUAUAUCGUCAAUAUCACUUCUCUCUGUCUCGCGCUUUGUUAUGACUUGAUGACCAUGCUCAAAAGUACGGGUUAAAUCACAGGGAAGUUUCAGAUUUCGGUUUUGCGCAUUUCUUUGGGUAAACUUUGGCGAGGUCUAGAUGAGAACCGGUUGCGCACAAUCCAUUUAAUUUCCAUACAGUGUAAUCCAUGUCGUGUAAUUUCAAAUGCUUCUUAGAAAGCCAGUAAACAUUUACAAGCCACAAUCUCAGUGAGAUGGGGGUUGGCGGAGCAUCUUUGUAAUGACGCAAGGUCCACUCUCACAUGCUCUCACAGACCCUCCCUGCAGCCGCAUCUCAAUGACACAGACUGAUUUAAAGUCAUGUCUGUGUUGUUUAAUCGCUGACAAGGCAGCCUGCGCUUUAGUAGGCUAUACAUCAAGAAUACGAUGCGCACAAGACUAGCAGUUUCUGUCGGGACAUUAGGCUAAUAUGUUGCCACCUUGAGACAAUAACUGGAGAAUCAUUACAUAUUUGAGGCCUAAUUCAAAGUUGGUGAUAUGUCUGAACCACCUUCAUCACCGUCCACAGGGCACAAACCUGUACUGAAGUCAAUGGAUACCGGACAAGGUCAGAGUCGGUUCCAGGUGGACGUAGUGGCUGAGGCAGCAGCCGCCUCCAAAGCUGCCGGAGUAGCCGCUUCCAGUGGAACUAAGCCGGCGGGAGCCGAGGAAGCAAAGGGCAGGUUUCGGGUGGUUGGUUUUCUUGAUCCAAGUGGAUCCACGAAUCCCCCCGAAGCCACUGACUUUGCCCAAAAUGGGGACACCGUCAAGAGCGAGGGCAGUCUGUAUUCCUCGGGCCAAACGCACUUUUCCGACACCCAUUCCAGCACUUACUACAUGCGGACAUUUGGCCACAACACCAUUGACGCUGUCCCCAACAUCGACUUCUACCGGCAGACAGAAGCAACUCUUGGAGAAAAGUUAAUCCGACCGUCGCUCUCAGAGCUACACGAUGAGCUUGAUAAGGAACCCUUUGAGGAUAUUUUUGCCAGUGGAGAGGAGUUCACUGCCAUGGAGGGGGUGCCAGCAAAGGAGAAGCCGGAGUCCAAGGGAACAGCUGUCAAGUUUGGCUGGAUUAAAGGAGUCCUGAUCCGAUGCAUGCUGAACAUUUGGGGAGUCAUGCUCUUCAUUCGCAUGUCAUGGAUAGUGGGCCAGGCAGGAAUUGCUCUCUCGUGUGCAAUUAUUCUGAUGGCUGUAGUGGUAACCACCAUCACUGGCCUUUCUACCUCUGCCAUAGCAACCAAUGGCUUUGUGAAAGGAGGUGGAGCAUACUACUUGAUAUCCCGAAGCUUGGGCCCUGAGUUUGGUGGAUCUAUUGGGCUUAUCUUCGCCUUUGCUAAUGCCGUUGCAGUGGCAAUGUAUGUUGUAGGCUUUGCUGAAACGGUUGUAGAGCUUCUGGAUAGUGUGGAUGCCCUGAUGACUGAUGAACUGAAUGACAUCCGCAUUGUCGGCACCCUCACCGUCAUUCUUCUCCUCGGCAUUUCGGUGGCUGGAAUGGAGUGGGAGGCCAAGGCUCAAAUUGUCCUCAUGGUGAUUCUGGUGUUGGCCAUUGCCAACUACUUCAUCGGAACAUUUAUUCCUUAUGAAUCAAAGGAGCCCAUGGGAAUCUUUGGUUAUAAUGCCGCCAUUAUGAUGGAAAACAUGGGCCCAGACUUCAGAGAUGAAGAGACCUUCUUCUCUGUGUUCGCCAUUUUCUUUCCUGCUGCCACUGGCAUCCUUGCAGGAGCAAACAUAUCUGGAGACCUUUCAGAUCCACAGGUAUCCAUUCCAAAGGGAACCCUUUUGGCCAUCCUGAUAACUGGAGUGGUUUAUCUUGCUGUAGCCGUUUCAGCAGGAUCCUGUAUAGUCAGAGAUGCCACAGGGGACCAUAAUGACACCAUCCCAAUGCCUAACGUUAACUGCACCGACGCUGCCUGCACACUUGGCUAUGACUUCUCCAUCUGUAAGGAAGGAGGCUGUAAGUUUGGCCUUCAAAAUGACUUUCAGGUGAUGAGCACGGUGUCUGCCUUCGGCCCUCUGAUCACUGCUGGAAUCUUCUCGGCCACUCUGUCCUCAGCUCUGGCCUCUCUCGUCAGUGCUCCCAAAGUCUUCCAGGCAUUAUGUAAGGAUAAUAUUUACCCAGGCCUCGGGGUGUUCGCAAAGGGUUAUGGGAAAAACAAUGAGCCUCUGAGAGGAUACCUGCUGACUUUCUUUAUCGGGCUGGCCUUCAUUCUGAUUGCUGAGCUGAACAUCAUCGCUCCCAUCAUUUCCAACUUCUUCCUGGCCUCUUAUGCCCUCAUCAACUUCUCCGUCUUCCACGCCUCCUUGGCCAACUCCCCAGGUUGGCGUCCCAGUUUUAAAUACUUCAAUAAGUGGGUGUCCCUGGCUGGAGCAAUCCUGUGCUGUGUGGUCAUGUUUGUCAUCAACUGGUGGGCCGCCCUUGUAACCAAUGUCAUCGUCAUGGCUCUCUACAUUUAUGUCAGCUACAAGAAACCAGAUGUGAACUGGGGCUCAUCCACACAAGCACUGAUGUAUAACCAGGCUCUGUCCCACUGUUUGCACCUCACUGGAGUGGAGGACCACAUCAAAAACUUCCGACCACAGUGCCUUGUGAUGACGGGCUAUCCCAACUCCCGUCCAGCACUACUCAACCUGGUACAUUCUUUCACCAAAAAUGUGGGGCUCAUGGUCUGUGGACAUGUCCGUACGGGAACACGGAGGCCAGUCUACAAGGAGAUACUAGGUGACCAGCUUCGGUAUCAGCGCUGGCUUUUGAAGAACCAUACCAAAGCCUUUUACUCACCUGUCUUUGCUAAAGACCUGCGGGAUGGAGCACAUUACCUUCUGCAGGCCACAGGGUUGGGUCGUCUGAAGACCAACACAUUGGUGUUAGGGUAUAAGAAUAACUGGAGGGAAGGAGAAAUGAAAGACGUGGAGAUUUACAUCAAUACAAUUCAUGAUGCUUUUGACCUGCAGUAUGGAGUGGUGCUCUUCAGGCUGAAAGAGGGCCUGGAUAUCUCACACAUCCAUGGACAAGAUGAGCUGAUGUCAUGCCAAGAGAAGGCCCCUGGGAUGAAAGAGUUUGUGGUGUCCAUCAGCCAGAGCAGAGACUCGGACAGUGACGUCUCCAAACCCUCAUCGAAAGGCACCAGCACACAGAGCAGCCCCCUCAUACAUAGAGAUACUAAGCACCCCAGUGUGCCACUGAGUGUGGCUGAUCAGACACUUCUGGAGGCCAGUCAACAGUUCCGGAAGAAACAGGGCAAGGGUACCAUUGACGUGUGGUGGCUAUUUGAUGAUGGAGGACUCACUCUACUGAUUCCAUAUUUACUCACCAACAAGAAGAAAUGGAAUGACUGCAAAAUUCGUGUCUUCAUUGGUGGUAAAAUCAAUAGGAUUGACCAUGACCGCAGAGCGAUGGCAGCUCUCCUCAGCAAAUUCAGAAUUGAUUUCUCCGAUAUCACUGUCAUUGGAGAUAUCAACACCAAGCCAAAGAAAUCAAAUAAGGUGGCCUUUGAGCAGAUGAUGGAGCCGUACCGUCUGCGGGAGGAUGACAUGGAGCAGGAGGCUGCGGAGAGGCUGAAGGCCCAAGAGCCCUGGAGGAUCACGGAUAAUGAGCUGGAGCUCUACAGGGCAAAGACGAAUCGUCAAAUUAGACUGAAUGAGUUGUUGAAAGAGCACUCCAGCACAGCAAACCUCAUUGUGAUGAGCAUGCCCCUGGCCAGGAAAGGGACGGUGUCCAGUGCCCUCUACAUGUGCUGGCUGGACACAUUGUCCAAAGACCUGCCUCCCAUCCUCCUGGUGCGUGGCAACCACCAGAGUGUCCUCACCUUCUACUCCUAGUGUGUCCUGGCACCCACAGUACUCCCACAUGGUUGCAAUCAAAAACACUUAACAUAAUUUUUGUCUGGUCAAACAAAAAACCAUUCAUAAAUGUAGGGUUGCAUUACAGAUCACAGACAUUAAAGAUCUAAUUUAACCAGUGAUACUCUAGGGAUUUUGAUGAGUCAAUUACUCUGUGCUUCAGUCACUGGAUGAUGUUACUCAAAUGGCUUCAACAGAGAAUCCAUAUAUUAGCUCAAGGGCCAAGUAAUGGUAAACUUUGAAAAAGCGCAUUGAAAGAACAUACAGAUCAGACUACGCUGGAAAUAGUUUUGUUGAGAUUGUCGUCUGUGUAAUAAUUAACACCCAUGUUUGGUCCAUGCUGUUUAAUUUGUAAUGUUUAAUGGUACAUAUCUUUUGGGAGCACAAGUGUCUUGGAACCACCACAUAGCAUGACAGUGCCAACAUUUAUUUUAUGCCAUUAAUAUUUGUUCUGAGUUUAAAACAUAGCACAUUUUCUACAAAAUCUUGCGACAAAAUGAUGAGUAGACUAGGGUAUGUUUUGUAUUUGGGACAUAAGAAACAAUUGCUUUGUGGUUUGAUACUUUCUUGUUACACACAAUGAUUCCAGCCUUACCAUGAGUGCCUUUAGCUGAAGUCUGCAGUCAACACCAAGUAAUUAACCACCGUCCUAUCAAUUACAUGGACGAACAGAGUUAUAUCCAUCAAAACAUAUUAUAUAUUGAGAAAAGAAAAAUAAGAAAAAAGUGAGAAAAGUAUUACUUUGUUUUUACCACUAUAGUUUAACUAUUAAUCACUCACUAUUAAUCUGUCUUAAAGUUUCUGUAAAUUAUGAGAUAUUCUGGAUAUUUGAAGUACAAGUUUAAAGCUACUACACUUAUGAUCAUAAUCAUUGCUUUAAUACUAAUACCGCAAAGAGUACUUUCAAUAAAAUACUUCCUUUAAGAAAGAAAGUGACUGUAAAAUAUCAUUUUGCCGAUGUUUAUACAGAUUUUAAGGUAAAUAUCAAGUUGUGCACACGCUGUAUUACAAACCCUUUGACAGUCUUUGAUUAGGCUACCUAUAUAUCUCUGUUCCAUAAUUAGCAUUAUGCUAAAUGUAAAAAAAAUGCAUUUGUUAGUAUGCAUAUAUUUGUCAGGCAUGUUUUGAGGGGGGGUGAUAUGUCAUAUCGGCAAAUAGA